AUGUCUUCCACUGGGUUUACUACUUCUUCUUCUAUCAAUUCGUGCGAGUACUAUGCCACGUGGGACUACCCGGAAUCCAGUUGCAUGUACUCUGGAUCCGUGUCGAUCAUUCCGAAAUUAUCCAAGGACGCUUCUGAAGUAAAAAAACGGAAAGUUCACAGGUACGCGGUCAACUUGGAGAACGCCGUUCACUUGGUCCACUCCUUGAUCCGUCUGAUCCGAGUGCCGAUCUCAUUGGAUCUCUUCCGUAAGUACGGUAUUCGUGAGUUGUGA